GUUAAUAGAUCUAUGAUCACGUGAUCACUGUAAGUUUUGAAAGUUUAAAUUUCAAACUCAAAGAUUAGAUCAUGCCUUUGACAAGAGUAGGCAAAAGAAGCAGGAAAGAACUUACAGAAGAGAACAAUGAAGAAGGAAGCAAGAAGAAAAAACAGAAGCGGGGACUGUCACGUGUUUUAGUAUUGUAUGAAUUUGAUCGAAUGGAUUAUCAGUCAGACAAAUGGCACACGUUAAUAAGAACGAUACCUGAGGAUAUAGUAGAGUUUGCAAAGAUCACUUCUCGAAUUGUCUGCUCUUUUUUAAAUGGAUCAGGUGGGAUUCUAUGCUUUGGCUGUAGAUCAAAUGGUAGGAUAUAUGGUGAAAAGAUAAACAGGAAAGAGGAGGAUAAUAUUCGUCUCCUCAUUGAUGACACUAUGAAGAGAUUCCACCCUUUUAUUUCGCCAUCUCAUUACAGGAUAAAUUUCAUCACUGUUAAGUCUCGUUAUAAUACCUCUAGUGCACCGAAUUGUGUCCUUGAGAUAAAGGUGGAGAAAGGUGACCCACACGAACUAUAUGAAACUGAGUAUCACGAGGUAUUUUUAAGAACUGACGAGGGAGAACCAUAUGGUCCUUUAUCGCCUCACGAAAUAAAGCGUCAUGUACUACAGCAGUACAGAAAGAAAUUGGAAUCAAAGUCUAAUUUAUGUAACAUGUUAAAAGAUAAGAAGAAAGCAAUUGCACAUGUUAGACCGUCGAGGCGUGAUACAACUACGAGUGCUCCUGUCAAUAAAACUGUAUCGGUACCACACCCACUUACUAUUAGCCAAAAGGCCGUAUUACCUAAGCCUAGUACUGAUCAUAAAGAUGGUGUUGAGAGCACUUCUCUUCAGUCAACAAAGGAUAGUCUUGGAAUGGAUAAUGAAGCUAAGGAUAGUCUUGGAAUGGAUAAUGGAGCUAAGGGUAGUCUUGGAAUGGAUAAUGAAGCUAAGGGUAGUCUUGGAAUGGAUAAUGAAGCUAAGGAUAGUAAUGGACUUAAUAAUAAAACUAAAACUGCUAGUGCUAAAGAUACUCUUAAAGAUAAGGAUAGUCGUGGAAUAAUCAGUAAAACUUCUCAUGGUCUUGUAACAAAUCAAAAAGCUACUAACAAGAGUCGUCCUAACAAGGGCCAGCCUUCUACUUAUGCAAAGAAAAGUCAUUGUCCUCCUUUCAUCCUUCCUCCUCCUCCUCCUCCUCCUUUUGCCUGUCAUAAUAAUGGACCCUUUCACUAUCCAGGCUAUCAACCACACUUCAUUCCGCCUGCUCAAGGAUAUUCUGCCGGUUACAGAAACCAUGGGCAUUGUUACAAUCAUCAUUACAAUCAUUAUCACCAUUGAGUGAAUAAAUUGUUCUUUACACUGCCUGUGUUUGUCACUUAGUGUUGUUUUUGUGAUUCUCGUGAUUAUAUAUUAUCUCAUUGAAUGAAUCUUCUGUGUAUAUUCAGUUUAUUGAUUAUCAUUUAUCAACAUUGA